AUGCCUCCCAAACGCCGCAGCACCGGCGCAACCGCCAAAUCCAACCAGUCAACCCUCGCAUUCCACGGCGCUUCAAACAAAGUCACAAAGGCCGGCGCCCGCGCGACAAAUGCGAAGAAGAACCUGCUCAGCGAAAGCACGAAGAAGGAUGAGAAACCCGAGGUUGUCGACGUGAAGGUGGAGGUGGAGGAGGCACCCACGACCGCCGAGGCAGCCAUCAUCGAGCAAACAGAGCAGGCGCAAGAGCAGGCACAAAGCACACCUGAGGAGGAUGAGGCGCGACUGGUCAAGCCGAAGCAAUUACAGACAUACUGGAAGAAGCAGAAUACUGGGUCGGCGCCAAGGUAUCAUCAGGAUGAUCUGAGCUUGGAGGAGAAGAUACUGAGGAAGUUUGAUAUGACUGGACAGUUCGGGCCAUGCGUCGGUAUCGCGCGGCUCAAACGGUGGAAGCGAGCGCAGCGCCUUGGUCUCGAACCUCCCAUCGAAGUUCUUGCGGUACUGCUGCAGGAACAGGAUAGCAAGGAUAAGAUCUCGGUGCAGCGGUCGGUCAUGGAUGAGAUUCUCAACUCGCGCAAUGAGAUCGAGGCAUGA